AUGAAGCAGCUUGAUUGUAAAUAUCGUGCAAAAACACCAGAAAUUCAGAGGGCGACUGUGCAGCUUAUAAACUCUAACCAUUAUCCUGUCAAACUUCCACAGUUAUCAAUAACUUCGACACAGCCUUGAAGCACCUAUAGAAAUACACUGGAAAAGUUGAGGACUUUUACUGAGGAAUUUCAAGAAGCCAAAGAUAACAGAAUUAUUAUCCGGCCCCAGAAAAGGAAACUGGCAAAAAUCAGCCCUGAUUAUAAGAAAGAAGAUCCCUAUUGAAGAUAUUUACUAACAACCAGAUCUGUCAAUGAAGAGCAUAAUGAGUUUGAGGAGAUUUAUAAAAGAGUGGAGGUUGAUAACUGGAGGCUAAUGAAAUUGAAGAUUGUGAGACAAUAA